GAAUAGAGUACAUCAAAUUAAAAAAAAAACAGAAAUAACAAGACGAAUAAUCAUUAUCUAUUUUCGCUAAGCAUUCAACUAAACAGUGAAAAAUAUAUGACAUUUGGUAAUUUUAUCAGAAUUAAACUUUUAAGUAUACUUCAGUGAAAUUGUUAUGCCUGUGUCUGCACCGCAACGUAUGAUUCGUAAAAUUCGUGUUAACCGUCAGCUAUCAGCUGCAUCCGACAAUACAGUGCGCCAAAUUAGUUGUAAAAUCAAGUGCCCCAAUCCGUUAUUUGAACGAUGGCUUCAGGAGAUGCUGUCGAAAGCAGAGGAACAGAAUUCCAUGAGUCGUAUACCUUUACAAAAGGCACUAAACUCGCUUCGUCGUUAUCCUCUUCCGAUUGCGUCAGGACGAGAUUGUUUUAUGCUAUUAGACUUUGGUAGAACAAUAUGCGAGUUACUUGAAAAACGGUUACAAGCAUACCGGCAGAGUUUUCCAAACGAGCAAACAUUUGCUUCGAAAAUUGACACGGAAGCGGAAAAAAUCUUAAACGAUAAGAAUCAAUGUUACUAUCAUCAACUCACUGCUGAAACACCAAAACUUACUAGUGAAUGUGAACAACCGGAGGCAGUGAUUGAUGAUGAUCAAUUUAAUCUGCCGAAUGAUUCUAUUUAUAAUAGUUUGGAUAUUGCUGAUUGUCAAAACGUGAUCAUAUCAAAUCCCCAAGUAAUUUUGUUUGUAGAUACUCAAGAAAUAAUUGGCAAAUCAAAAAGUUACCUGGAUCGCACGUUGAAGGAGCUUGAACAGUAUCAUGUGCCCCAUGAAGUUAAGCGUUUAGGCGUUGGUGAUUUUCUCUGGAUUAUACGUGAUAACAAUGGCCGGGAGUUUAUACUUCCGUACAUUGUGGAACGAAAAAGAAUGGAUGAUCUUGCAAGUAGUUUGAAAGAUGGUCGCUUCCACGAACAGAAAUUUCGGCUGAAGCAAUGUAGAUUGGCCAAUGUUAUCUAUUUAAUAGAGCAUUUGGGAAAUAAUCGUCAAGUUGGUGUUCCAGCAGGUACUCUUUCACAGGCUGCUCUGAACACAUAUGUACAUGGAUUUACCGUGAAAUAUACGGAGAAUCAUCACCACACUGUUCAGUAUUUAUCAGUUAUGACCAAGCUUCUCCAAACUAAUUUAAAGGAUAAGACAUUCUGGAACAUCACAAAAGAUUCUCAGGACCCAGUUCCCACAUAUGACUUUAACCAGCAGAGAGUUCCGCUGCUUCAGUUCGAAGUCUUCAAUACCCAAUCAUCCAAAACCCGCGAGUGUACAGUUCGAGAAAUAUUUAUGAAACAAUUACUUCAAAUUAAGCUGCUAACGAUCGACAAGGUGAACGCUAUUGUCGAACGUUAUCCAACGCCGAAGAAACUUUAUUUAGCCUUCGAGAAGUGCUGCAGUGAGCAGGAGAAAGAACGCCUAUUAAAUCUACCAUACGGACCCACGAAAAGGACAAUCGGGCUGAAGCUGAGUGCAAUCAUUUAUCAAUUAUUCAUGAACGACGUCUAUCAACGUUAAGACCCCCACCGCAUCGCAUAGUGAACGGGAACAGUGCAAAAGGUUCGUCAACCGGGACUAUAAUCAAGGACUUGUAAAUGAUAACACCGUUUUUCACUUAAGCCAUUUUCUGUGAUCUGCAAUAUCUUAUAUAGGUAAGUGUAUACAUUAGGGAAACGAAUCGGGAACGUGAUAUAUAUUGGUAUACACACUUCCGAUGUCCAUCAUGUAAAGCAAAAAAUAAAAUGCAUUCUCCGCUGGUUGGAACUGAA